GAGGAGAAAAAAAGGGUAUGUGGAAGUAAACGGCGGCGAGUUAACUCACAUUUCACAACUCAAAAACCUUCCCUCUGGGGUUUACUAGGGUUUAAGGAAAUCACGAUGAACAUCGGCAGCGCUCUCCUUAGAAGGUCUUCUUCAUUGCCGGCAUCAAAGCGGCUUCAUCUCGCUGCUCUAUCGCACCUCUUCCAUUCAUCAUCGUCUUCCUCCGAAAUCGUCAAGUGCAGAAAUGAUCGCCUCGUUCCCCAGUUCGUCGCCACCGCGUCUAAUCCUCCAGCUACUGGGAGGUUCACUCCUUCGCUGGGACAAAUAGUGAGGGGCUUACACAUCUCGCGGCCGUUGGCUGCUGGUGCGGCUGUGGCUCGUUCGCAGGAAGAGGAUGAAGGGCUUGAGAUCUCCAGGCUCGGCAUUGCUCCGGAAGUCGUCUCGGCCUUGGCUCGGAGGGGAAUAACUCAGCUCUUUCCCAUUCAGAGAGCAGUUUUGGAACCAGCAAUGCAGGGGCUUGACAUGAUAGGCAGAGCUAGAACUGGAACAGGGAAGACUCUUGCUUUUGGAAUUCCAAUAAUGGAUAAGAUCAUUGGUUACAACAAGAAGCACGGGAAGGGGAGGAACCCUUUAGCAUUGGUAUUGGCUCCUACUAGAGAACUUGCAAAACAAGUGGACAAAGAAUUCUGCGAGUCUGCUCCUGAUUUGGAUACAUUGUGUGUCUAUGGAGGUGUCCCCAUUGGAAUUCAAAUGGGUAAACUUGAUAGAGGCGUUGAUGUGAUUGUUGGGACACCAGGUCGAAUAAUUGAUCUGCUUAAAAGGGGCUCGCUGAAUUUAUCAGAACUUCAGUUUGUUGUUCUAGAUGAAGCUGACCAGAUGCUUAAUGUUGGAUUCGCGGAUGAUGUUGAAAGGAUUCUACAAAAUGCACCAAAGGAUCGUCAGACACUGAUGUUUUCAGCAACAAUGCCCAAUUGGAUUUUGAAACUCACCCAACAGUUCUUGAAAAACCCAGUACAGAUUGAUCUUGUUGGGGACUCAGAUCAGAAGCUAGCCGAUGGAAUUUCUUUGUACUCAAUUGCCUGUGAAAUGCAUCAGAAACCUGCAGUGCUCGGCCCUCUAAUAACAGAACAUGCUAAAGGAGGGAAGUGUAUUCUUUUCACACAAACAAAACGUGAUGCUGAUAGAUUAGCUUAUGCCAUGAAAAAAAGCUUCAAAUGUGAAGCUUUGCAUGGGGAUAUCUCACAAAACCAGAGGGAGAGAACACUGUCUGGUUUCAGAGAUGGUCACUUCAAUGUAUUGGUGGCCACAGAUGUUGCUGCCCGAGGUCUUGAUGUCCCUAAUGUGGAUCUGGUAAUACAUUAUGAAAUUCCAAACUCUUCAGAGAUCUUUGUUCAUCGAUCUGGCCGUACUGGACGUGCUGGUAAGAAAGGAAGAGCAAUACUCAUGUAUUCACAUCAGCAACUUAGAGAUGUUAAAGGUAUUGAGCGUGAUGUGGGGUGCAGGUUUACCGAGCUCCCAGCGAUUGAAGUGGACCCUGCAGCAGAAAGCAUGUUGAGUGACUUGGGAGGAGGUUAUGGCCGUUUCUCCUCUAAUCAAGGCUUUGGAAGUGGCCGCUUUGGUGGUGGCGGCGGUCGCUUUGGUGGCAGCAGCUUUCAAGGGUCAACAUAUGGUGGUCGUGCGGGGGGUGGGUUUGGUGGACCUUCUUCUGGACGUUCAAGCGGUGGUUUUGGUGGAGGGCCUUCUGGAAACUUCGGCAGUCGCAAUUCUGGUGGCUCUGAAGGUUUUGGAAAUUUCGGUGGUCGUCCAAGUGGUUUUGGUGGCAAUUCUGAAGGAUUUGGAAAUUCCGGUAGACGUCCAAGUGGCUUUGGUGGCAACUCUGAAGGCUUUGGAAAUUCCGGUGGACGUCCAAGUGGAUUCGGCAGCAUAUUCGGAGACGCUUACAACCAAAGUUCUGGGAAAUCUUUUUGACCUGAUGAAGGCGGUGCCGAGCAUAUAAAUGCAUAAUAAUUAAGGUUUAAAGAAAGCUGUGCUGGGAGGAAGAAGAGGAAUCAAGUUAGUUUCUUGGCUUCACAUAGGUUAGUCAGAGUCAGCACAGAGAAAGUACAAUCUUUUCCUACUUGUAGGAAAAUCUCUCCCAUUUACCCCUCUUUCCAUUGAUGGUUUAUUUAUUGAUUUGGUAUCUUUGGAUGUGACCAAAUUAAUUGGGUUGGAAAUGCUUUUGGUUGUCUUAUUAUAUUGAAUAUUUUGGUGAGACUUUAAUCAUGGGGAACAUGUGACUAACUUAUAGAGAGAAUACAUCACAAAUGUUAAUGGAGAGAUAAAGUUAUAUGAACCCUUUGUAUAUUGAUAGUUCAAUCCCUCUCCAUGUUCAAGAGGUCAAUCAAUAAGAAAUCUUGAUCCAUCUU